AUGGAUGCCCAGCCAGCUCGUUCCAUCGCGACGGAGACGCGCGGGGGAUCGCCCGUUAGCACAGACCUGGGUCUUUUUGCUCUCCUUGAGACGCCAGACCCGCGUGAGAGAGCGGGCUCUCUUGCCACCUUCCAGGGGUGGAAGUUUGCUGUGAAGCAUUCCGACUUGACUCGCCGCGCACUGGAGGGCGUGCUCGAUCUGAUUCUAGGCGAUGGGAGCUUCCUUUGCCAGCUCUCCAUCCGAGAGAUGGGUAGGGUGUUGGCCUUUUGGGUGAGCAUAGUGAACGCAACGGUGCGCGACAUGACACGAAGUGGUGACGUUGUUGGGCCUGGUUUCAUCGCGUUUACGCGGGCCCGUCAGGACAUUGAUUCGAUCGAUGAAGAGGCUUGGCCGCAUUUCCGCAAGGAGUUUGGUCGGACGAACGAGUCUGACGAGGAUUUGGUCACUCGUCUCUACGUCGCCAUGGCGCUGACCACAGCAAAAGAUGCGGGUGCUCGCGAACGGCUUCAGUGGCAGACACUGUUGAGGGAUGUGUUUCCUGAACUCACGUCGGUGACGGACGAGGAUCAGUGCGGAGCUCUGUCUUUGCUCUUCUGCCCUCAGUGGGGCAGACACCAGUGUGAAGCUAUGGUUCUUUGGUUUGACUUGCUCACUCUUUUCAUCCUAUCCAAGGUUGUGGACAGCGAGAGCUGCUCAAAGAAGAUUAAGGUUGCUAUGGACCACGCGAAGGGUCGCGUUAUGGAGGCGGUGGCAGUACACUAG